AUAACGAUGGCGCCAAAUUUAGGGAAACCAGCAAUAAUUGAAGAUAUUUCUUCUAAUGGAGACAUUUCAAUCAUUCUGACACCUAUUUCUGAUCAAGAAUCUCUACCAGAAGUGAGUUUUGUUGAUGAACCAGGACAAGAAACAGAUAUUGAUGUAAUAUUGUUGCCAGAAGAAGCCAAUCACAUUUCAUUGGAGCAAAAUCUUGGACAGCUUUUGGUCAAAAUUACGGAUACUGAAGACCUAACAACCGUCACUCAACUGAAGCUGAGAGUGAUAUCCCGAGAGGUGACCCUACAAUACUUGAAUAUCUACACUCCGGCCUUGAGAGAACUCACUCUAGAUGGUAGCGUGAUAGCUUCUCUGAGAGAUCUAGGGGACGGUUUGAAGAAUCUGAAGAUACUGAGGGCGAAUCGAUGUGAAUUGGCCUGUAUAGACGGCGUUUUUGGAUUAGAAAAUCUGGAGGAGUUGUAUGCUGCUGAUAAUGCGAUAUCGAGUCUAGCACCUUGUGCUUUUCUGACCCAUUUGAACAUCCUGGAUGUAAGAAGAAAUUUUGUCCACGAAAGAAAUAUUACUUACCUGAAGUUGUGUGAAAAUCUGAAUGAACUUUACUUAGAAGGAAAUCCAAGGAUGGAAAUAUAUACAAUAUAUACAGAAAGGCUAAGAGUUAUUUUGCCACAGCUGAAGAAGUUGAAUGGAUUCACGCUCAUCCCAACUGGUGACGAAAAUAGUGUGGAAGCAGAUGGUUCAAUUCAGAACUCUAGUCCUCGCAUAGGUCGCUUGUACCAUAGAAAUCUUGCAAGUGGAAAUGAACGCGAAUUCAGUGUCCAAUUUCCCCCAAGAGUAUUUCAUACUUAG